AUGGCUGCCGAGUCUCCGCGAUUCCCCUCUCAUGUAGAAAAGUCGUCGGAUGCAAUUACUUCUGAACCGAUGAACAUCCCGGUUGAGCACAAGACAUCGUCGAGUUACCUACUGGGCCUUCCUGCCAUACGAAUGCUGAUUGGCGAGUAUCCGGAAAACCUGUUCUUUUUGUUAGAAAGCCAGAGUCCUUUACCAUCGGAGCUGUCUCCAGAGCAGUGUCAGGAUUCUCUACCACCGUUCCAAAUAGACCGCCCAUUGCUUGACCACCUAGUCACUCUCUUCUUCUCGUUGGUACACUCCAGUCAUCCAGUACUUGAUCAAGCAGAGUUCACAAAAAUCUACGAACGCUUCUUGGAGAAGGGACCAGACUCGAGCACUGAGUCGGCUUUAUGUAUGACAGUUUUUGCUCUUGGUGCUGUGUCCAGUUCGCCAGAAGUAUCAUGCGAUAGCCAAUGCUCUCCCAGUGGUACUGAGUACAUGAAAUACGCUCUACCGACGCUCAUGAUCCGUUCGUUAUGGCUGUUUUCCUUCGAUCUUGCCCUCGCUCAAGCACUCGUUUUGGCGAGUGUCUAUUUUGCAUAUAUUGUUCGCCCGCUUCAUAGCUGGCGACUUAUAUACUUGGCAACCAACCUUCUACAACUCAAGCUGUCAAAUUUGGACUGCCAAAAGCAGGCCCUCAAUACAGAAGGAGCGAUUCUGCGACUAUUCUGGUCUUGCUUUAUCAUCGAGUGUGACAGGCUUGCAGAGCUGGAAUUACCUCGAAGCAGUCUUCAGCAAUUAACAGAUGACGCAAAUCUGCCCAGAUGUGAGAACCUAGAUGGUAUGCACAUGACAGCAUAUCUGGCCGAGAUAUCUAUCCGGAGGCUUCUAAACCGCAUACAUAACUCUCUGUAUCCAAGGAAACCGAGCUUUCCCAACACCUCUCUUUCUUCAACGUCGUUAAUGGCACCAGACGAAUUUUCUCUAGAAGACCUAUCUUCGAUGACUUCUGUCUGCGAAGAACUACAUAGUCAACUCGAUCUCUGGUAUACAGCCAUUCCCGAGCAAUUCCGGCCACCGCUCAGUCUUGAGGAAUUAGACAAUGACAGGAUAUCUAUCUUAAGAAUUCGUUACUAUGCUGCGAGACAUAUCAUUUAUCGCCCUUUCGUUCUAUAUCUUACAAUACAUAGUCAAUCACAGGCGUCAAGUACAAUUAUCGAGAAGGCGCGUAUAUGCAUCGAGAGUUGCAGGUUAUACCUCUACCAUACUUCAAAAAUACUUCGAGGACCAAGUCAAUAUACGUGGACCUUUGCGCUUUCGUCGCUCGGUGCUGUAAUUAUGCUGACACUAUCAUGGCUUAAUACGGAACUACGGUUCUUUGUUCCUGACGUGGACAGCCUACAAAGUCUGGCUAUUGAUAACCUCAGCCGUUGGAAUGUUUCGAGUAUUUCUGAUGUGUUGGCAAUACUUGAGGAGAUAAGGAGGAAGACACGUCUUCGAUCGCGAGUAUAA